AUGACAGGCACAAGCUCAUCAGCGUCAGCCUCGGACAAGGCGGGGACCAAGUACCAAGACUUUGACGUUGCGGACACUCUAUCCAAACUCACUGUGCAAGAAAAGAUCUCGCUUGUGUCUGGAACUGACUUCUGGCAUCUUGCUGGUGUACCUCGCCUUGGUAUACCGGCCAUUCGAACAACGGACGGGCCCAAUGGUGCCAGAGGAACAGCCUUCUUCAAUGGUACCCCGGCUGCUUGUUUGCCAUGCGGCACUGCAUUGGGAGCAACGUGGGACGUCGAUCUCAUCCACAAAGGCGGAGAGCUCAUGGGCCAUGAAGCUAUUGCCAAAGGUGCAUCAGUGUUGCUUGGGCCAACGAUCAACAUGCAGCGAUCCCCUCUCGGCGGACGAGGCUUUGAGUCUUUCUCUGAGGAUCCAGUUCUCGCCGGAACCAUCUCUGCAGCGUCCGUCAACGGCAUUCAAUCGACCGGCGUUUCUGCGACCAUCAAACACCUCGUCUGCAACGACCUCGAGGAUAAACGCAUGUCCAGCAACAGCAUCGUAUCUGAGCGUGCUCUACGGGAGGUUUACCUUCUACCAUUCCAGAUUGCACAGCGCGAUGCACGACCCUGGGCGUACAUGAGUUCAUACAAUCUGUUGAAUGGUCUUCACUGCAGCGAGAACCCCAAACUGAUCCAGCAAAUCCUGCGAGAUGAAUGGGGUUUCGAUGGCCUCGUCAUGUCCGACUGGUUUGGCACAUAUUCGACCACCGAAGCCAUCAAAGCUGGGCUGGACCUGGAGAUGCCUGGUCCACCAUCGCUCAGAGGAAAGCAGAUUAGCAAAGCUUUGUCAUGUGGGAAGCUCCUGCAGCACCAUCUGGAUGCCAGAGUUACCCAAGUUCUGAAGCUUAUCAAAAAAGUGUUGCCUCUACAGAUACCCGAAGGCGUCGAGGAAAAAACAAUCGACUCACCACAGACUGCUUCCUUACUGAGAUCGAUCGCUGCCCAGAGUCUUGUCCUCCUGAAGAACGACGACACUGUUCUUCCGUUCAAGAAAGAGAAAACCACCGCUGUCAUUGGUCCCAACGCCGCAUUUGCGACAUACUCCGGUGGUGGUUCGGCUUCGCUGCUUCCAUACUACGCCGUCACUCCAUUGGAAGGUAUCAAGGCGAAGUCGACAGAUGCUCAAUACGAGAUUGGUGCUCCUGGUUGGAAGCUUCUACCACUGCUCUCCCGCGCGGCCAAGACAAGCAAGGGUCAAUCUGGCCUCGAUAUGAAGAUCUUCUUGGAUCCACCUUCGAAGCAAGAUCGUACUCCAAUCGACGAGCUGCACAUUCGCGAUACCUCAAUCCUUUUAUUCGACUACAAGAACCCAUUACUGAAGACACAUCUGUUCUAUUCUGAUAUUGACUGCACAAUCACGCCAGACGAGACCGCUGAAUAUGAAUUCAGUCUCUCGGUUGCCGGUACCGCAAAGCUGCUCGUCGAUGAUCAGGUGGUCGUCGACAAUGCCACAAAGCAGUAUCCUGGCGAUUCCUUCUUCGGCGUAGGCACGCGAGAGGAAAUUGGUUCCAUCAAACUCGAGGCAGGCAAGUCCUACAGCGUGCACGUUGAUUUUGGCUCUCUGCCAACAUUGACCUACACCAAGGAGGGUGUCACUGCUUUUGGUGCGGGCGGCGUUCGCAUUGGCUUCCACCGCAAGCUCGAUCGGAAAGUCGAAAUCGAGCGUGCUGUUGCUAUCGCAAAGAAAUCCGAUCAGGUCGUUUUGUGCGUUGGUCUUAACAGCGAUUGGGAGUCAGAGGGCUACGACCGGCCACACAUGGAUCUGCCGCCUGGCAACGACGAGCUCGUCGAAGCGGUGCUCGCAGCAAAUCCUAACACCGCGGUUGUCGUCCAAUCAGGAACGCCAGUCACCAUGCCUUGGGCAUCGAAAGCGAAGGCCAUCGUACAGGCGUGGUACGGCGGCAAUGAGACUGGUAAUGGUAUCGCAGAAGUCGUGUUCGGAGACGUCAACCCAGGUGGAAAGACCAGCUUGAGCUUCCCCAGACGCAACGAGGACAACCCGGCCUUCCUCAACUACACGUCCGACGAUAACCGAGUCUUCUACGGAGAGGAUGUCUACAUCGGCUAUCGGUUCUACGAGAAGACGAAGAGGGACGUACUCUUCCCGUUCGGCCAUGGUCUGUCGUACACCAACUUUGAUAUUAAAUCCCUCAACGUCAAGGCUAGCGAAGACUCAGACGACGUCACAGUCUCUGUCCAAGUCACCAAUACGGGCAAGACCGCAGGCGCAGAAGUCGUGCAAGUCUACGUGUCCCCGCAAUCUCCAUCCAUCAACCGCCCGCUCAAAGAGCUGAAGGGCUUUGGCAAGGUGUUCUUGCAGGCUGGGGAGAGCAAGGCUGUUGAGGUGAAGUUGAGCAAGAAGUAUGCGACGUCUUUCUACCAUGAGGGGAGAGAUGCCUGGGUCAGCGAGACGGGCAAGUACACUGUUCUGGUCGGCAACUCGAGUGCAGAUACGCCGCUGAAGGGCGAGUUUGCGGUUGGAAAGACGCUUGUUUGGAAGGGGCUUUGA